AUGUCUGGCAGUGCUAUUCCUGUAAGGGUGCUUGGCCGCCACGUUCUUGAUCUGUGGGUUUUUGAAGUAAACGGGACCGCUGAUCUGGAUUUUGUGCUGUGUGACGUUGCUGCCAGUGAGCGGGAUCGUCUUGGCGAUUACACUUGGCUAGACGACUCUACACGGCCACAGUUUCGCCGAAAUGAUGAUGUUUCCAGCCGUGUGGGUGCUCUUGUUCACUGGAUCGAGCGUUGCUACACCAAGAAGUGUACGAGCGAGCUGUCAAAUGUGCUGCGUGUGUAUAAUAACUUGCUGGCCUUUGAGUAUGAGGCAUUCCUAAGUAACAUUGGUGCCGACGGUGGACGCCGCGUGGAGGGUUUCGUACAGCCGACGGGAUCCGGUGCUCACAUAACACUGAACAUCCCGCUGCAGUUGAAGGACGAGGUGUCCACUCGCCAGACGUUGUCAAACAUCAUCGAGUGUUACGCCAAGAUUUUAAAUCAACGUCUCGAUGCCGUUCCACACUUUUCAAGUCUGGAGUUGUCGCUUAUUAUCGCCUGCGAGACCACUGGAGGAGAUGCGGCCUUUGAGGUCCUGUCAGAGCACAUUGUUAUGCACGUAGAGGAUAUCGAAUCCCUGCACAAGGCGGAUUUCACGCCCUUUAUACGCAGCUGCAUAAACUUUGGGGGACUACCGCAGUAUUCAGCUACGCUGCAACAAAGAGGUACCUUUAUGGACUACAUUCAACAGUUCGAGACGGUACUGAAACAUUCAAUUAAUGAACUGAAACACUUUCUAGAUAUGGUGAGCAAGAUGUCCUCAUUCUUUGGUAGUCCCGUCAGUGUCAGUGUCUCCUUGAGGGAUGGUGAAAGCACUGGCGAUAUUAACGAGAGUAAGAGGAGGAAUAGUGGCAACAGUAGUGUGGUUCUCGAGAGUGACCCCUCGUUGGUACGUUUGGCUGUUUUUUGCGUCGUGGACGAUGUGACACAGUUUGGUUUUUCUAUUGUAAUGCGUUAUCGCGACGGCUGGACACUGCCGUCUAUCGAGAUCAUCGCAAACCAAUACUCUGGGAGCACUUCACAGGAGUCGACGUUGAGGACAAAGUUGCAGUACCCAGAGGAAAUGCGUCGACUCGAGAAGAAGCGUGGAGUCGACACACUCGUAGAUAUUGCGGCUUUCUGCGAUGCCGUUAGGCGGGUCUCCUUCGAGACCAUGUCAUUUCUAAUUUCCACGUGUCAGUGA